GAACAACCCACGUCACUCCGCUCAGGGCCACCCACAAGGGAAUAAUACCAAGCAUGAGAAUUUGGGAAAUAAGCCGGAGGCGUCCAAAUCGGCGAAAGAGGCCAAACCUCCACCUAGUAGUCGAGACCAGAAUAAUCUCCAGUAUCAGUAA